CGUUGUAAUUGAAGUUGAUUCGUGUGACGAAGAUUUUUUUUUUGACGCUGAAAAAUAGCUAUAUUUUUGACUUGAGAAGAUGGCAACAAAGGACGAUAAAACUGAGCAGCCUAAUUGGGAUGAUAGCGACGAAAGUACCGAUUCUGGAAGCGGGUCGGAGUCGGAGGCCACUCACUAUAGAAUUUUCCGAUGCCAGUUGUGUGGCAAGCCUAUAGGUGAGGGACCUAAGAAGAAGAAGACCAGCACGACGGCGUAUGCGGCUACCUGUGGCCACCAAGUUCAUAAAAAAUGUGUCGAGAAGAAGAAUACGCCAGUGCCAGGUGAUUGCGUCGUGGCUGGAUGUCGGAAAAAAGGAAAGUUAGAUCCAGAGACGUGGAGGAAGCUACGCGGAGGAACGACUGAGAUCUCGAAAUGGGACGCAGAAGAAAAAGAUUCGUUGCGAGAGAAGUUGGUCAACGAGAUACGGCAAAAUACGUCGCUGAUUGAAAGAAACGAAGAGCUGCUGCGUUCAUUAAGCGAGUCACCGCGCGCGGAAGCCGAACAAAUCAGAACCGAGCUAAAUUGCGCGAAAACUGAGAUCGAGCAGCUCAGGUUGGAACUUGCUGAAGUACAGCAGAGAGCCGCGACGUUAGAACAGAAUGCCGCUCUGUUACUCGCGAAUGAAGGUCCCAGGGUGUGGUCAGUCGAAGAACUCUCCGAGGAAGCUUUUGCAGCCGAAGUUGAAAGACGGGGUUUCGAGACGUCAUUAGUUAGAAUAAACCGAGAAGAACGCGACCGGCGCUACCGGCAAUUUACGGAAAAAAUCGAAGAAAAUAACAUGAACUUCGACGAGGCGCUGCAAGCGAUAGACCGACAAAGAGUAUUCACGCAGGUCGACAGUGCACGGAUGAUGGUUUUGAUCGACAUCGAUAGAGAGGCGCUGGAUAGAGAAGUGAGAUUAUCCGAAGUAUUGGAUGGUAUCAGCGUUUUACCGUCGUUAGCAGGUACGAAUUUGAGUAACGCUGAAUCGCAAAUAGUGAGUAGCCGGUAUGUGACGCUGGGGAUUUCUUUUUUAGGUAUCGAGUAUCCGACGAUGCAAAGGAUGAUUGAACUCAACAGACGUCUCGAGCAGCUCGAGAUAAGUUACGACGACGUGUUCGACGUGGUCAACGACGAAGCUGAGCGAGCGCAUCUGGAAGCCAGAAAGUCGCUGAAAAAGAAAGAAACUACGAAACCGGCGGCGAAAGCGGUAGUCGAGAAGCCUCAAAAGACCGAAGAGAAACCAUCGAUGUCGAAAGAGAAGCGGUCUUCGGUCCCGAACACACCAGACGUAAACCUGGACGGAAUCGAGACGGACGAAAGAGCAGCGCGAGGUGACCUUGAAGAAAGAAUUCAGAGGAUACUCGACUCGCGUAGCGAAACAGCAGCGGUAAAGACUGAGACGGCCCAGGAUUCCGAAAACGUAGUCAAAAAAUCGGUACUCGAGGCGCGGGUGAAAGAUCAAGAGUGCACGCCAAAUACGACGCAGCAACCACAGCCGCGGUACGCCACGCCGAAUACACCUGCGUCCGAUUCAGCGAGUCGAUCACAGCGUAGUACAAGUGAGUCACGGAGGCGCGAUACGAGCACGGGUGAUUCCUCGUCCAAAAAGACAGAUGUAUCGAGUAGCUCGCGUGGAUCAAGAGUAAGCGGCGUCGAGUCGAUCGAAAAGAAGCGGUCGUCGUCGAGUAGCUCGUCCAGCGAUUCGGACUCAGGUUCGUCCGAGUCAACACCGCCGAAGAAGUCUAAAAAAUCGAAAUUGUCAAGAAAGCGAGCAGCGACAAAACGCAAGUCAACAUCGAAGAGUAAAGCGCCACCGAAGAAGAAAAAAGUUACGGCGACAAAAAAGAAACCGGCGACGAAACAUAAACCGGCGACGACGAAACCGGCGGUCAAGCGUAAACUACCAGUAGCGAAAGACGAGAAGCCGGAAAUGCCGCCUGAAGGAGUGAAAACUCGUAGCCAGACGCGAAGCGAGUCGAAAUUGGUGGAGGAAGGUGAAGUUACCCAGUCGAGUCAAGAGACGCUCGAGCUUGCAGCAAAUGCGAGUGAGUUUGAGGAGCAGCCUGAAUCGAGACCACCACUACCGAACGUACCGGCACCUGAGCAGCCGCCGCCCCCGAGCCCAGAGCGAGUUCUCCAAGACCAGCAGCCUGGUCUAGCGCAGUUAACACCAUGCGAACGGGCGCAGCGCGCCUUUCAAGAACGAGAGCGCGAGUUUAGACGAAACAUGGAAAUAGCGUUGCGACAUCACGAUCGAGAAGCCGCUAGAGUACGUGAAGGAAGAAUGGAUCUCGGACCGAUAGAAGAUUAUUUCGAGCCGCUGGAAAAUUGCCCGCCGCCACCAGCGCCAGUAUGGCUGAUGGCCGAGUUUCGGUACGAGCCGCGCGGCGAGAGAUACGUUCGAGGUAUGUUUUUCCCGGUCACGCGCGACACGAUUCAACAGUCGAUGCAGAGCCGAGGAAUUUUGAUCAACAAUGAUUUAACCGUACGAGACGACUUGUAUUAUCAGAGAGACGGCGGUGCUUGGAUUUUGGGUCGCGUAUACCGUGGAGGCGCUACGUAUUACGUAAUAAACUCGUUCGUCGUCAUCGGAGACGCUCUCGCGCAUGCGGUGGUAAGUGAGGUGAUCUACCAAAACGUAGCGGCGAGAAGAGCUUGGAGCGUACAUCCGCUUGCGGGCUCGCGAAUCCCGACUACCACCAUGUGCAGAAACUUACGGAGUUUGAUCCAACGGGCACCGCAGCGAGUAGUCAUGUCAGCAGGACAGUUUUGUAUGGAGUCGCAAACGUUCGAAAUCGUAACCGAGAGAAUCCUCGAAUUGUGGCGCGCGCUGCAUCGGCGGGGCACGCGACACAUCUUGAUGGUGCCUCCGCUGACGUGGCCGCACUGUCCGGAAAUACGUGUCCGGUUGCGGGAUUUCCUACGGCAGGGACCGACGAGAGCGGAGUUCGAUGGCAGAUACGUAUAUAUGGAGGCAUUAGAAGAAACGAUCGAGAGAUGUCCUCCAGCGACGUUCCGGGGUGAGACGCCGUAUCUAAACGAGCACCAAGCGUCGGAGGCCUUAGUGAGGAUAUUUGAAUAUGCAACGGUCGAGCGGAGAUGGGGAUACGGUCAGUUUCCGCGGGAGCAGGCUCCGCCGCGUCCGGUGGAGCAGCUCCAAGCAAACCAACUUCAACGAAUCGAGGAGAUGUUGAGGCAAGACCGUGCAGCCUUGGCAGAAUACGAAAGAAGGAACGUACGCGAAAGGCUGGAGAGAGAGGUGCACGAACGAGAGCUUAUCGAAAGAGUGCAGCGCCAGAUGAGACAUCUUCCUGGCAUCGAUCGUCAGUUACUGCCCGAGCGAGCCGCGCAGUUGGUCAACGAGGCGAAUCGACAGAUGCCUGAGCCGCCGAAGCAGCCGCAAGCUGGACCGAGUCGCCAGCAGCCGGCGCAAGAAGGAAGACAGUUACAGGUGGCUAUACCACGAGCACCUGGAUUGGCCGGAUUUGGACGAGGUCGCAGCAGGCUGGCGGAGAGACGCGAGCGAAUGCGGUUGGAGGCGCAGGAAGAAAGACAAAACCCUCAGAACGAACAGAACCAGAAUGAUGGCAGAGAAGCACGCUAAAAUGCGGUGAAAAUUUUUCGAAGAGUCGCCUCUGUCUAUUUAGUUUUGUUUUCUCGAUGUAAAAUUUGUCUCACGCGUGAUUCGUCGCAGUAUUACGAGUAGUGAACGAAAGUAGUUCCAAAAAUUGUAAAUUUUUUUUCCUCUGAUGUUGUAUUUUUAUUUUUCUCGAUCGUGGUCUCAAUUUUUUUUAUUGUUGUUUAUUUUCUGAUGUAAUUUGUUACGAGUAAGCUCCUCGAGGAAAAGAGAAUUUUUCGAGUAGAGCAGUUUUGUUUGUAUUUUUUUUAUAUACUAUUGUUUUGUUGUUUUUUUUUGUUUUUACCAUUUGCCAAAUUAAAAGAUGAAGUUUUGUUUAUUGAAUUUUGAGGCGUGCUAAUAAGUAGAGUAUGCCGAAAUGUAAAUAAGUGUGAAUUUUUGUGUGGAUUUGUGCAGGCAAAUGAGUAGCAAUGUUUUUGUGAAUUGUUUUUUGGAAUUAAUUAAGAUCAUUGAGUAGCCAAAUAUACGAGGCGAAAUUAGUUACUUUAUGUGAUAAAAAAAAAAAAAAAUAAAAAUAAAAGCUUA